AUGGCCACACCGAAUAGUCCACAUUCGAAUCUCAUUCCAAGGGAACCACGGAGUGCGACAUCAGACAAGCUAGAUGACGAGCAGCAAUCGUUGCGGGAUCUCCGCGACACGCUUGUAGGCGUACGUUUCACUAUAGCUGCGAAGCGCCAGGAACUCCGCGAUCUCCAAAUAGAGACAAGUGCGAAGGACGGCUUUGUUUUCAACCUAUUACGACAGUAUCUCAACACGAUAGGUGCCGAAGUGCCACGGAACAUCGAAGAGGCGUUUGUUGACGCCUCUUCACUAAGAGAUCGAUUGGGUCUUCUAGAAGCCGAAUACGAUGAAGCUGAAGCCGGUUACAAUACCUUAGAGUGGAAGUACUCUCGCAGGGAAACAAGGUUCGUUGAAGAAGUCUUGGAUAACAAGCUUGUACCAAGCGAAGCACUGGAUCGGAGCCAGAGUACAGAGAAUCUGGAAAUCUUGCAGUUGACCGGUUCCAUGACAGGUAGUAGUAACACACAUCCACCGAUAGCCGAUCUUGCGGAUUUUGCUGAUCACGACGAGCAAGUGCAAAGUCCAAUCAACCCCGUUUCCAACGGAGUAACUUAA